AUGACGAUCACGCAAGAAGACCUGUUGGAGCUCAAGCGCCACGCGCCACACUUCCACAUCCUGAGCGCCGGCGAACCGAAGGAGGCAAAGGCACUAUUUAAAGCCGCAGGCCAUGCGUUCCGACGCGCCAUGCGAGUUGGCGCAAAGCUAGCCCACCACGCUGAACUACACAAGGCUGAGAACGUCGAACCACAUGAAAAACAACUGCUAGAAGACCUCGCACGCGAUGGUUCAGAACAUGACGAACCACUCCAUACAAAGCUCGCAGAGCAUAUGCAAGGCGGAGGCUUCUUCAAAAAGCUCUGGCAUGGCAUCAAACACGUGGUUCACAAGGUAGGCAACAUCGUAGGCACCCCCUUUGAACUCCUCAAUUCGGCGGCAACGGGCGCCAAAAAGGCAGCGCGAGAUGCAAGUCACGGAGACUUUACAAUGGCGAACGACGCCCUCUCAACCGGAGAGCGUGCCUUGCAGCUGGCAACGGAAGCAGAGGCGGCAAUGGGUUAA